UACGUCUCUUCUCAGUCUUCUCCCCAUUGAAGGCAAUUUCGCUGGUCGAUCAUAGUCAAGAUUCUGCUGGGGCUUCCCAAUUCCUGGUUCAAUUUCCGAAAUCUUUCAUCUUAAUUCCUCAAUUUCAGAGAGCUUGCGAUCAUGGCUUUGUCGCAGAAGCUCCACGAGGCCUUCAAAGGAACUGUUGAGAGGAUCACAGGGCCUCGAACCGUCUCCGCCUUCAAAGAGAAAGGCGUUCUCAGUGUCUCUGAGUUCAUCAUCGCCGGUGAUAAUCUCGUCUCCAAGUGUCCCACCUGGUCUUGGGAGUCAGGUGAUAUAAACAAGAGGAAAUCUUACUUGCCUCCUGAUAAGCAGUUCUUGAUUACCAGAAACGUUCCUUGCCUGCGUCGGGCUGCCUCUGUAGAAGAGGAGUAUGAAGCUGCAGGUGGUGAAGUUCUUCUUGAUAAUGAAGAUGGUGAUGGCUGGCUGGCGACGCACGGGAAACCAAAGGAAGAAAAAAGUGAUGAAGAGGAAAAUUUGCCUUCCCUGGAAACUCUUGAAAUCAGCAGGCCCAAGGUUGUUAAGUCAAUUCCAAACUAUUUUGGUGGUGAAGAUGAAGAGGAUAUUCCUGACCUGGCUGAUAUUGAAGAUACUGACAAUGUUAUUGGAACUGAUGCAGCCACUCUGCCAUUGACCUACCAAAUUGCCCAUGAACCUGACGACGAUAAUAUCCUACGAACACGAACUUAUGAUGUCAGCAUCACGUAUGAUAAAUAUUACCAGACACCACGCGUUUGGCUUACAGGAUAUGACGAGUCAAGGAUGCUCUUACAGCCAGAACUUGUACUUGAAGAUGUUAGUCAAGAUCAUGCACGAAAAACGGUGACCAUUGAGGACCAUCCCCACCUACCUGGAAAGCAUGCGUCUGUACAUCCCUGCAGACAUGGGGCUGUGAUGAAAAAGAUCAUUGAUGUGUUAAUGUCUCGAGGCGUAGAACCUGAAGUUCACAAGUAUCUUUUCUUGUUCUUAAAAUUUGUUGCAUCUGUUAUUCCAACUAUCGAAUAUGAUUACACUAUGGACUUCGAUCUUGGCGGCCCUAGCAGUCGAUAACUGGGAUUGAUAAGCAUUAUCGGAUUGUACGUAAGUGUGGGAUAUUUCACAUCUGUUGUUUCUGCAAAUACAGGCCGACCCUCAGCUUCGUGUACAUACACAACCUGGGGUCUAAACUCUGGAUAUAUAUUGUCUUUUGGAAGUGUAGGUCUUGCCAUUGCUUUCUGUCAGUCUUAGUUUGGGAACAAGGAUUCUUUGUGGUUCGCUUUAACAUAACAUGAAGCUGUCAGUCGAGGGUAAUUUGUUUGCUACUGAACUAUAUAGCAGCAGAAUCUCAUUCCUCUUAUUGGGAAAAUUUUGAUUGAAUAGAGUUAUGUAAAUAACCCUUAACAAUCUCUGUU